ACGAACUGUCCAUGAACCUGGAUUGUGGCCCUGCCAAGAAGAUUUUGACAAUCUUCUUCAAGCCAUCCUGCCACAUCAAGCUGAAUCCUCCCGGUAAACCAGGUGUCAACGGCACCACCGCGUCCUGGAUCUCCAACGUGGGGAAAGGCCAAAGAAUCAGUUAUUACAGCGCCCAGCUGCAGUGGAAAAGAUGGGAUCAGUCAUGGAGUGAUCCCUCUGUGCAGAAAAAGCAGACGAUAGACAAAACCUGUAAGCGGGACUGCACAGCACAGCUGAACGAUGACCUGCUCGCACUCGGAGAGAAGCACGAGGCACGUGUGCGAGUGAUGACGAAUGAGAAAGACUACUGGUCAACGUGGAGUGAAUGGAGCCCCACUGCAUCAUGGGUGUCCCCUGUGGGAACCACAAGACCACCAUCCCAACUAAUAUCAAGUUUAACUGGAGGCAUAUUGGCCGUGAUCAUCGGGGGUGCAGCGCUGGCCUCGAUUCUGGCCGUCAUCCUCUUUAGGACGGAAAAAGCCUCUUGGGUUUACGAGAAGAUGAGAGGUCCAGACCCUGGGAAAUCCUUCCUUAAAGAUGCCAAUUUCCAGAGCUGGUUGAGCCCUCACCUCGCAAACGAGGCCUUUCUCUCCUCCAGGAAAGUGGAGGUGAUCUCCUCUGUGGAGGUGGUCUCCUCCGUGGAUCCUGCCACGCUCUGCUGCAAAGAGGCGGCUCUGCUGGCGAAGAUGAGAAGUGAAAGCAUCUGCCAGUUGAACAGCUCCAUAUUCCUGAACCCCAGUUACUCCCACCUCUGUCCUCCUUCACCUUUCCUCCUGCCCGACGGCGGGGAUCUGCAGCCCUCUGCCAGUGAUGCACCUCAUGGCGCUGGUCACAGUUUGGGUGACGUCAAAAGUGCUGAACAGGUUAGAGAGGAAGAAAGAAUGAAAGAACUCGAAAUGCGACUGUUGCUUUCCAAAGGCAACAACAACAGUGAGCCACGGCCAGUCGUUUCUGACUAUGAGAAGGUUGAGAAGCUCCAGGACGAAUGCUUUAGGCUCCAGAGACUAGACUCAGGGAUGUGCAGUGGUGAAGGGGUCAGUCAGGAGAGUCUGGAGGCCGAUCACAUCAGUGCAAAUGAGAGUCAUGACAAAGCACCGGAGGAGAAACAGGGAGGGAGCGGACCAGUUGAUUUUCAGAAACUGUUUGCAGGCACUGGAAGAGUUUUUGGCAAAGGGUCAAUUCAGGUUUGUUCCGAUUAUGAGCCAGUGCAGAGGCAGCAGCCGGAGAGCCCAGAGCUGCCCAGCAUGGAUUCAGGGGUGAGCAGCGGGGGGGAGGAGCGGGUGAGCCACGAGGAGAGCAUGGAAGACGAAGACAAGUCCAGCGAAUCCACACACUUCCUGUUUCCUCCACCUCUCGCUUCCAGUGCUUUGCCAUGUUCAGGGAUUUCUUUCCCACAACAGUUCUAUGGGUUGAGUCCAAGUCUUCGACCCUCCGGUGACGGAUACAUGCCAGCGAAACAGGAUCCAUGUUGAACAUAAACUGAAAACUUUUUAUCCAUCAACAUGAAAUAUGAAGGACUCGAUGACAGCUGGAGACAUGUAGCUCGUGCAAGUGCUCAAUCGUUCAGCCGAUUGCAGAAAUUAAACGUUUGAUUGUCAAGAUGAAGAACGUAGCAGGAAACUUUCCACUCUGUGUUCUCACAACUGACUCGGACGUUUGUGCUCUCAGGCUCAUUUCAGAUGAGAUUACCCAGAGUUCAGUGCAGGUGUGAAAGCAACACAUGUCACAAUGUAUCAUAAAUUUAUGAAGUGAGCAAUGUCUUUCAAUGAAGGGAUGACACUCUUUUUGAAAAAUGAAACAAGCUUAUUUCCAGUCUAUUUGAUGUUCUUUUACUGUGUUUGUAUUAACCUCUGAAAAAUUUAUAUUUUGUUGUAGUAAACUUAACAUUUACUACAUGUGAAUGGUUUUUAAUGAUAUGAUGAGAGUCUGCGGCAUAAUUGAAAGAGCUGGUAUCUUUCAUGGUUAAACAUCAGUGUCUGUUUUUGCCGAUUUGCAUUAAAGCUGUGUAUGUUAAAUACACAGCUAAUGUCAAAUGCUGCAACUG